CACCGCUAAAGCCCUCAGAUGUUCACAUCAAACCAGGAUAAUAAAACACAUACCUUUUGGGGUUUGGUGGUGCUCUUACUAUUUCUGGCAAAGUCGUUGGCGUUAAAGUUCACUCAAGACCGCUAGGGACUAACAGCUUAAAACAAUGCAGCUUGCAGCCUCGCUAGCGUCUGCAAGCAGUGGGUGCCUUGUUGCACGCGUCCAGUGGUUGCCCUCGCUGCGAGUCGCUCCUCGACUUCAACGUUCACGCCUCGCCCACGCCCGCACGAGCAUGCCGACGAGCGAGCCAGCGGGCACAGAAGCAGCUGCGCUCAAGCCUCAAAUGCCUGCGGAUGUUCCAUCCACUGGCGUCCCAGCUGACGCCGAGCCCAUCGAGCAAGUCGAAUCCGGCGACAUCCAUGCAAGCAAGGAGCUGUUUGAGGAGCUGUUGGAUUCGAGCACUUUCGGCACUCGCGGAGAGGGCUGGCUGGCAGCCCAGCUCCUGGCCAUCCUGUUCGUAGCGGUGCCCCCGCCCGCUCUAACGGGUGCGGUGGACUCGCUGGCACUGCUGGCGCUGGCAAGCGGCCUGGGACUCAUGGUUGUUGCCUCCCGCAACCUGGGUCGCAACCUGAGCCCGCUGCCGGAACCGCGCAGGAAGCACCAGCUGGUGGUGGAGGGGGUGUAUGGCUACGUACGGCACCCGAUGUACGGCGGGCUGCUGCUGGCGGCUGUGGGGCUAGCCGCGCUGACUCACAGCGAGGCCCGCAUGGCGGUGGCGGCGCUGCUGUGGUGGGUGCUGGAGAACAAGGUUGAAAAGGAGGAGCAGGCCCUAUCUGAGCGCUACCCAGCAGAGUACUCGCAGUACAAGACAAAGGUCAAGAAGGUAAUGAAACAUUACCCAACUGCACUACUGCUACUACUGCACCCCUUCCCCAAACAUGCAUACCACCUGUAUGAUGCUGUUCGUACAGACCUUCUGCUCAUGCAUACCACCCCCGUACCCUUGUACAUGUGCCCAUGCAUCCAUCCGUGCUUGCAGUUCCUGCCCUUCCUCUACUAAACAGCCCUAUUGCAUGGCUGUUCUUGGGAGCGAGACAAGGAGGCGUCACCUGCAGAGAGGCAGGCCCAGGCAGGCCGUGCAAAGUACACUUCGUCGCGGCAUCCCGGAGGAUGCGACGAUGCAGGAAGCCAAUUUGUCAGCGGUGCCAGUAUACAGCUCGGCGGGGGGAAUAAUUGUUGGCAUACACCGUUAGGUUAAUCAGGCAUCCACGCAUGCACAUUUGGAAGCAUCUGGAGUUACAUUAGGACGCGGAGAGACUUCUUUGCUUCGUAGCUGCUCGCGGUAGGCAAGGCUGCCAUGGCACAACACGUGCUUGACAUCUCCUGUGACGGAGUGGAGUGCGCUAGUUGGGGUUCUUGGCCCUGUACAGUACACGUCGUAAGGCUUCAAUGCUUUGGCAGGUGUUGUAUGCCUUGAGCUGCCCGUUGGCAACAACUCAUGCUAAAUACAUCCUGGAUACAUGCGUACUACAACGCUAGCUCGUCAUUCAAACUUUAGGUGGCCUUAACCUCGCUUUGAAGAACAGAGGAUCCUAGCCGGCAUGCAACACUCACAGACGUUGCUCGUCCGCCUGCCGGCCGCUCGCCGUGGCUCGCGUACCCCUGCC